AUGUUCAACAAACUUUCGGCUCUUCUCGCCGUUGCUUUGAUUGGCUGUGCGGGCGCGGCGGACUACGUCCUGGCGUGGUCUGGAACCUGCGCGACGACGUCGUCGAACAGUGUCGUCUUCACAAUCUUCGGCACGGCUAGCUCCAGCGGAUGGCUGGGUUUUUCGUUCAACUUGAACAUCACCACUGAUGGAAAAGUGAUCAUGAACGAUAAAAUCAAGAAUCUCGGGUGGCGUGGGGCGAAGAAGAGGAUCGAGAAAACGCAAUCAUUCUUCACUACCGGCAACCCCUACUCCUUCACCGUUACCUUCGUCAAGGCGCAGAAUUACCAGUGGACACUGGCCGCUACCGGAUUUACCUCGGUUUCGAUGAAGACACGGCUGAAGGGCCGAAGUUGGCCAACAUAUUCCGUGACUGGGGGAACCAUUGGCAGCACUACAAACAUGACCUGCACC